GUUGUAUGAUGUGCCCCAGUAAGCAUUUUUCUUUAUCUCAAGACCACAACUCAGAUUAGAAUUUCAUGAUAAAAAUGUAGAUUGUACUUUUGACUAGCAUUAAAAAUAAAUUUAGUUGUAUUAUGAGGUGCAUACUCUUUAGAUGUGUGUAUUUGCUAUUUUUAGUGUGUGUGUAUAGUUCUGUGUACCUAUUGUGAAGCAUCCAUACACGGAGCCAAUUUUUUUCAUUUGAUAGUUGAUCUUUUGUGUCUCUUUGCAGGCGGUGCUGGAUAAUCUUUCCAAGGAGGUGGGUUCAUCUGUGAGGGUUGUCAACUUUCUCAGAAUGGAAGUUGGGGAAGGAAUUGCAAGGUGAAACCAAUACCUUUUUGGACUCUUCUUUUUCUAUCUUAUUUUAGAGUCUAGUUAUGUACUAUUAAAAAAAUAAUUGCAAUUGGUCUACAAUUAAGGGUUUAAUCAGAUUGUGUUAAAUAUUGUGGUUUAGCUAGUGUUGUAUUACUGUACAAGUUGUGUUUUGUGUGAUUCCAUCAUGCAGUCAUGACAGGAUUUGCGUUUAAAAAUUAUGCAUUAAACUGAGAUUACUUUCUCAUGUCUCUGGCAAUGUAAAGACAUGAUGAUGUGUAUAGCCUAAAGCAUUUCUUACCUUACCUACCUAAAACUGUAAUAUAUCAUGAUCAAUUAUAAAAAUGGGGAUCAAAUGCUGAUUAUGUUUCUCAUGUCAGAGAACUUAGUUGAUUUUACUUCUGAGUGAUUUGAACAAUUUUACUAACCAUCAACAAUUUUCAGGCAAGAAACAGAUGCUUCUGAGUCUGUUGCUCAGGUUGCCUAAGUUAAUGUGAUUCUGUCCAUUCACAGAGGAAACCCUCUGAGAGCUCAGGUUUGUUUUAAAGGUUUUUGCUCUCUAGCUGGAUACUAUUUAAACACGUAUGCUCCGAUAUUGAUCCAGGGAAGUUGAGGUACAGGAUUCGGUUGAAAUUUUUGCUCCACAGUGGAAAACAUAAAUGGUUUCUUUUAGACUGUGUUAGUAUUUUCUGGUGCACUGUCCUGAUCUAUAUCUACAAAUCCCUAGUUAAAGUUUUGUUUUUAUAUCUUUGGUGAGUUCACAUAGUUUCUAAAUUUAAAUUUUACAAAACUGUCAAAUAAAUUGAUACUUUGGAAUGAACCAAACGAUUGUCUAAAAGCAGACAUAGCCAUGCUUAUGUUUAUUUGAAGGUAUAUAAGUUUUUAUCUUUAACCUCAUUAUUCUUUUAAAGCGAUAUAAGGCACGAGUCUGUCCUAUUUUCAGAGCUAUGUUUACAAAUUAACAUGCAGCAAUUCAAACCUCAUUCUUUAGUUGUAAUUGAUGCAUCAUUUUACCGUACUCCUACUUUCAAUGAAUCACAAAAAUCUGUCAUCGUCUAAGGAAACAAUUUCAAAGUUUCUGUAGGAUUAUAAUUAAUCUCUUUUUGAAAGUUUGUAAUUAUAUACAAAUGGAUAGAUAGAUAGUAAAAUCUGUCAAUUAGUAACGUAAACAAAUCCAGAAGGAUUUUAAUUGUAUAUUGUUAUAUUUAGAUAUAAACUUUGACAAUGUCGUAUUCUGUUGCAAAUUAUUAUAGCUGUUAACCGUAAAACUCUAUCGAACCUUCAUGACAUGGACAAUGAUAUGUUUGUUCGCUCUUGUUUCACUGUAAACUUAGUUUAGAAUGGGCUGUUCUUCCAGUUUUUCAAUUUGUAUGUUUUAUAUUUAAGAAGUAAUGGUUAUCGACCAAAAUAAAAAAGUGGAAGAAUUAUUAAACGUAAAAAUGCGUGACAAAUAUGAUUAAUUUGAUGUAUCAAAUAUCAUAUCUUAUAAAUUAAUUACUACAAUUAGUUUGAAAAUAAUAUCUUAAUUAAUAUUAAAAUUGUUGAAAAUUACAAAUUAUCAUAACCUAACAUGCUACAAUUUAUUAUUUAUGAACGCUUUGUGAGAAAGAAUAUAUUGAAUUUAAAGAAAAUGCGACACGGAAGUAAUGUCAUUUUUCUAAUGAUAUUGCUGACAUUAUUAAUUAAUUAAUUUUUGUGAAUACAUUAUUAAUAUUACAGAUACUUAACCUGAAAAAUUGGUUGGGGCAUGGGCUGAUUGAGUGUCACAUUCACUCACAGAAAGCAAAAUAAUGGAAUACUUACGGAGGCAACAUGAGAUUUGGCAUCACGCUGAACCCUAUCCGAAAGAUAAUAUAUAGUACCUGCAAAAAGAAUAUAGCUAAUCCAUACAUAGGGGGAAAAAAAUGAGAGGAUGGCGUACGGAACAUGUGUAAGUGUAACUAAUGAUGAAUAUGUUGAUCCUGCAUGCCAAUGCCAUUGCCAGGGUAGGGAGGCGUUCCACAAGGAGAAUGAGAUGUCAUCUAAUUAACCAGUAAUAGUAUAUCAUAAUAUCUGAGAUGGAAAAGCAUCUCCUACCAUUAAAUUAAAUUAAUAGCUAAGAAUUCAUUGCAAUAAUGACAUGAUAUAAUACAUUAAAACAUAAGAAAGGAAUGUAUUGGAAAGUUGGAAAUGUGAAACCAACGAUCCCGUGAAUACGAUGAUGAGCUGCCACUACUUAUCGACACAAGCUAACCGACACCCUCACCGCCAAUAAUAAUGUCACGCACAGCUUCCUAGCGUCCUACAGAAGGUCAAUUCCGUGACUUCACAUGCAUUCUUUUGCGUCCAAAAAUAAAAUGAAUAAAGUUUCUUCCUUUUUUUGUGCUCAAGUCAUGACAGGUAAUGGAAUUUGUGGCCAAAGAGGUAUCCAUCGCCUGUGAGCAUAUAAAUAAUAAAUAAUACAUUUGGGUUCCACGCGUACAUUGACAUACUACUGUUUGUAACAGAUCAUAAGCUUCCUUCUCUCUAUAUAAAAGUGAAAAAAAAUAAAAAUAAAAAUAGCUUACCACAAAAUAGAAGAUGGCAAAGAAGCUUCCCACUGAUCUUGUUUGCAUUCUUUUUCUUUUCUUAUCUUGUGGGGUGAAUUUUUUAUUCCUCACGCGGACUCCAUCACAAAUGUCAACCUUAUUUGUAUACAACUAACUGGCCACCGUUGAAUCUUCCAAUCUGAAUUUUCUUAUUUUACUUGUUCACAUGAGACUCCCCCUUAUAUAUGUUUGUACAUGUCCAUGCAUUGAAACUUGAAACUUAACCUCAAAAACACAUAGCUCGCCAGGAUCAAGAUCAAGUCAUCUUAUACAUCAGCAUUUGAAGAAAUAACGUACGUUGAAGAUGGGUAACUACAUUUCUUGCACUCUAUCAGCAGCAGGAAGCAAGCAAUGGAGAGGCAUAAAGGUUAUAUUCCCAAGUGGGGAAAUUGGGCAGUUCCAAGAAGGAAUAAAAGCAGCAGAGCUUAUGCUUGACAUGCCAAGCUUCUUUGUUGUAAACACUCGCUCUCUGCAGAUUGGACGAAGGUUUUGUGCACUGAACGCCGAUGAAGACCUUGAGUUUGGCAACGUUUAUGUGAUGCUUCCAAUGAAGAAGCUUCAUUCUGCAGUCUCAGCUGCUGACAUGGGGGCUUUGUUACUCACUGCCAAAAGGGUCUCUGCCACGGCAAAUGAGAGAACUCUUCAACACAGAGAAACUUUACCACAGGAGCCCAAGUUGAAUUUGGAUGACUGCGAAGAGUUGUCUAGUCCAGAGUUCAUGCACAGGUUGUCUUUGUGCAGGUCAAAGAAGCCUUUGCUUGAGACCAUAGCAGAAGAACCAGUGUGUUAGGAAAUUUUACAAGCCAAACAUGUUAAACCAUCUAUUGGAGCUGUUAAAGAAAUUGAAAACAACUAUGAUUGGAAUGGAAUAUUGCUUCAAUGGAGGGCUUAUUUGUGGCUUUUUUGUGAUGUGGCUCGUGUUUUCUUUAUAAUGAUUGAAAUUGUAUG